ACGGAUUCCUGAGUGGAGAACACGAGCACCGCCGCGCUCUCCUGCGAGCUCCCGGGCGGGGUGCCUCGGCCUCUCCAGGUCGGCCUGCGAGGCGGACCUUCUAAAUGAGACCUUUUCACGGUUCGGAGAACAAGCCCAGGAAUGUUAACUGAUCAGCUCUUUUGCCAUAUCCUGAUACAUCUAGGAACAAUAUAAAAUAGAAAUAAUUGGCAAUAAGAUCCCUGUAGCCAUGGCUAGCUCUGACGUGAAACCAAAAUCAAUAAGUCGUGCCAAAAAAUGGUCAGAAGAGAUAGAAAAUCUGUACAGAUUUCAGCAAGCAGGAUAUCGGGAUGAAAUUGAAUAUAAACAAGUGAAACAAGUUUCUAUGGUAGAUCGUUGGCCAGAGACGGGAUACGUGAAGAAACUCCAGAGAAGGGACAAUACUUUCUAUUACUACAACAAACAGAGGGAGUGUGAUGACAAGGAAGUCCACAAAGUCAAAAUUUAUGCUUACUAGCUUUCGUUCUUCUCGUGUUGUCAUCAUCUAAGACUUCAUUGCUUCAUUCUACAUCAUGUAAAUGUCAUUUUAUAAAAUAAUCCAAAAUGCAGACUUCAGUUGAAUGUUUUGAAACACAAAAGCCAUGAAACCUGGUAUCAAUCAGCCUGUUCUAUUCUAAAAUAUAAUUGCAGAAGCAUUAAA